GUUAGGAAAACAGAUCCAUGGUAGAUUUUGGAAAAUUUUUGGAUCCGAAACUCCAUCGAGGGCAUUGUCAAAAAUUUUGUCGUAAGUCUUUGGCGAGUGGAGGUACCGAGAAGAAAGCAUGUUCUGUUGGUGAUGUCCUUUUAUACCCGCGGACAGUGGAUCCUUUGUGACGCGGGGCCGAGCCGACGGACGGAGAGGCAUGCAUUCCCACGACUCCGGGUUUUGGAAGCGGGGAGUUUCAUAUUGGGAGUGUUGAGUUGUUUAUUGGUCCGACCAUUUCUCAGUGGCCGCAGUAAUUUAGAGUACUAAGACGAUGGAACCCAUGGGCAGAUGAACAGUUGUGUUUGACGA